CCCAGCCCCAGCCCCGGCCCCGGCCCCGGCCUGAGCGCCCCUCCGAGCGGCCGGCGCUUCCUGCGGACCCACGCCGAGGCCCCCACCGCCGCCAUGGACCUGUCUCAUCCGCGCCUGCUGGGCCGCUCGCGAGCCCGGGCUCCGAGCGGAGGAUCGUCCUUCGUCAGUUGCAGCCGACUUCGCCAAAUUCAAAGCAUCCUGACCCAGAGCAGCAAGUCUCAGCCUGAUGGCAUUCUCUGCAUUUUAGGAAUUGACAGCAGAUACAAUGAAGGCUGCAGGGAACUGGCAAAUUACCUUCUGUUUGGUUUGUACAACCAGAGUAUCAGUGAUGCUGAGAGACCAGGAUUUUCUGAAGAAGUCCUAGAUGAUGUGAUUGUAUUGAUCAAAUCUGACAGUGUUCAUCUGUACUGCAAUCCUGUGAAUUACCGUUAUCUCUUGCCCUAUGUAGCACAUUGGAGAAACUUACAUUUCCACUGCAUGACUGAAAAUGAGUAUGAAGAUGAAGAAGCUGCUGAGGAAUUUAAAAUCGCAAGUUUUGUGGACAUGGUUCGAGACUGUAGUCGAAUUGGCAUUCCUUAUAGCUCUCAAGGUCACCUGCAGAUAUUUGAUAUGUUUGUGGUGGAGAAGUGGCCAAUUGUUCAGGCUUUUGCACUUGAAGGCAUUGGUGGGGAUGGAUUUUUUACCAUGAAAUAUCAGCUGCAGGAUGUAAGUGUGGAUUUGUGGAAAGCAUACAGCCGGAUGGAUCCCGUUUCAUUGGAGAAUUUGCUAUCCCAGGAUUUAAUGACUUUUGAACACCAGUGGACCAACUUCUUUGCCAAUUUUGACACAGAAAUUCCCUUCUUACUGGAACUUUCAGAGUUUCAGGCGGGUGAGCCGUUCAGAAGUUACUUCAGUCAUGGAAUGCUCUCCAGCCACAUUACUGACAAUAGCCCAAGCAGGCAGCCAUUUGUUCUCUUUGGUUGCCACUCAACUAGAGAAAACCUCAAUACCAGCAAUUUCAACUUUCCUUCUGAGGGGCACUUGGUACGAAACACCGGCCUGGGAGGGAGCACCGCCAAGCACAUGGUUGUGCAGUGUGUCUCUCCAAAAGGACCCCUCGCUUGUUCAAGAACCUAUUUUUUUGGAGCUUCUCACAUUCCUGAUUUAGGAAGCAACAGUGAAUUGCCCAAGAAAAACAUGCAAGUUAGGCAAUUGUCCCAGGUCUAUGCUGCUGUUGUUGAGGCUGUUCUGGCUGGCAUUGCAUGCUAUGCUAAAACUUCCAGUAUAACCAAGUCGAGGGAAGCAGCAGAGCUGACACUUUGGAGUCUUCUAGAGUCACUUCAGAUGAAGAAGCUUAAGCACGCUCUACGCUACAAGCUAGCUUUUCGUAUCCAUGCUGUGAACAAUCAGGGAAGAAUUGUGCCUCUGGACAAUGAAGACAGCUUAUACUCUGUUAAAACGGCCUCCAUGAGUGUAUAUGACAUCCCUGACUUGACAGGAGGAAAAGAAUGCUUGGGGUCCAUAGUCUUCUCGGAAUCAUUUUUGACAUCUCAGAUCCUUAUUAAAGAAAAGGAUGGCAUUGUUACUGAAGAAACCAGCUACAUGAUUCUGACUGCGCCCAUCAGGAGAUUCUGCUCUUGGCUGGUGGAAGAUAAUGAAGUGAAAUUGUCUGAGAAAGCCCAACUCAUAAUGAAGGAGGAUGAGUCUUUCUUGGGUACCCUCUUGACAGGAGGAGAUAAAGCAUAUAUUUAUUCCAGCAAUGAGCAGGCCUGGCCAGAGGAAGGAAAAUUUUAUUUCUUUUCAGAUGGCCUUUUGUUUUCCCACCGUCAUUAUGGAAGUAUUACCAUCUCUAAGAAUCACAUGAAUUCCAUCUGCUUCUAUGAUGGGGACUCCACCAGUGUUGUUGCUGUCUUAUUGAUAGAGUUCAAAAGUUCCUUGCUUCCUUAUCUUCCAGUUGAAUUCCACACACCAAGCAACUUUCUGAUGAUUGCCUUUUUCCCCAAAUCCAAGAUAUACCAAGCAUUCUAUGCAGAGGUCUUCUCUCCCUGGCAACACCCAGCUAACUCAGCGCCGGCUUUAAAAGUGAUCCAGGAAGAUGGAUUAUCUGAAGAACAAAGAAGAUUAUACUCUAAUUUGCAAAAACUCUUUAAUGCCCAGUCCCAUCCUGUUGGGGAAAGAGGGAACCAGUUCAAACUCCUGAAUGCCCGUCUCCCAGAGCUAGACAGGUUUCUCCAGCAUUUUGCCAUCUGCAGUGUCAGCCAGGAGCCCGUAAUGAGGUCCCAUUUUCCUGUCCUCUUGCAACAAGGUGAAAUCAGGCCUGCUCAGAAAGUGGAAAAUGAAAAGGUGAUUAUCAGCAUUGUCACCGGCCUUCCAGGUUGUCAUGCCAGUGACCUAAGUGCUUUCCUGGUCGCUCUGCACAAGGAGUAUGGAAGGUGGAUGGUGUAUAAGCAAACCAUGGACACCUCUGAAUGUUUCAGUGCAGCGCAUUUCCAAAGAUACCUGACUAGUGCCCUGGAGGCCCAGCAGAACCGCAGUGCCCGACAAUCAGCAUAUACCCGGAAAAAGACCAGAUUGUUGGUGGUAUUACAAGGCUACACAGAUGUUAUUGAUGUUGUCCAGGCACUCCAGACUCACCCUGACUCAGAUGUGAAGUCUACUUUUGAAAUUGGCACAAUCACUACAUGCGUGGAGCCCCUGAGCUGCUACAUGGAGCACAGAUUUCUCUUUCCUAAGUUUCUUGAUCAAUGUUCACAAGGCCUGGUGAGCAAUGUUGUAUUCACUAGUCACACCACGGAGCAGAGACAUCCUCUCCUUGUGCAACUACAAAGUCUGAUCAGAGCAGCAAAUCCAGCUGCUGCUUUCAUUCUUGCUGAAAACGGGAUAGUGACCAGGAAUGAAGACAUUGAGCUGAUUCUUUCAGAAGACAGUUUUUCAAGUCCUCCGAUGUUGAGAGCUCGAUGUUUAAUGUUCCCUGGCUGGUAUGAAGGGAAAUUUCGUGCAGGGUCAGUCUUGCCACCAAUGGUUCAGAUUUGUGUCUGGUUUGGCCGCCCCUUGGAGAAGGCUCGCUUUGUGGCCAAAUGCAAAGCAAUUAAGUCCUUGAUCAAGCAGAGCCCCUUUUCUGGGAACAUCUACCACAUCCUGGGCAAAGUGAAGUUUUCAGACUCAGAGAAAAUGAUGGAAGUUUGUCACAACACACUAACGAAUUCCUUAAGCAUUGUGCCGGUUCUGGAGGGUCCUAGCCCCCCUCCAGAUUCCCGUGGAGCUCCCCGAGAUGGCGGUGGUCAGCAGGAGAGCUACCUUGUAUUCAUCGGCUGCUCUCUGAAAGAGGAGAGCGUCAAGGACUGGCUACGGCAAACUGCAAAACAGAAGCCGCAGAGGAAAGCCCUGAAAACCAGAGGGAUGCUGACACUGCAGGAGAUCAAGAACAUCCAUGUGAAACGCCACCUGGACCCCCUGCCUGCAGGUUAUUUUUAUAAUGGAACCCAAUUUGUCAACUUCUUUGGUGAUAAGACUGAUUAUCACCCACUAAUGGACCAGUUCAUGAAUGAUUAUCUGGAAGAAGCAAACCGGGAGAUCGAGAGGUACAACCGAGAGUUGGAGCAACAGGAAUACCCUGAUCUAUUUGAGCAGAAGCCCGCAAGCUAGCCCGGGGGCUUCUCUGUGCCCAGGCCAAAGUCCCGGGGCACAAGUGCCAGCAGCAUGCCUGCCACCUCAGCACAUCGUCCCUGUUGUCACAGCGUCAGAGACACUCCUGAGUUUUCUGGCCCUCGGCAUUCUCAAACAUGUCCAGGGACCUAGUUGCUGGCAGGGAGCUGCUUUUUCACUCUGGUCUGCCUGUUUUUGCUGUCUCAUUUGCAUGUGGUCCUGAUUCAAGAUACAGUGCUUUCUCAAAAUGGUCAUCUGGCCCCUUAUUCCCCUUUCCAAGGGCAGAGGUGAAUGAGGGUCUAGGGACAGAUCCCCAGUGAAGCAGUCUCAGGAUGGUCGUGAACCUGACCUGUCCACCAUGUGCUGUCUGCAGCCCCGUCCUGUCUUGGCCUAAAAGAAUGAGCCUGUGAAGGAGGCUUGUGCUGUUUCUUGUCCUGUGGGAAUGGGGGAGGUACUCUUGAAGGGUAAGGGAGCCUCAGGAUCCAUGAAGGGUUUUCACGUGCUACCUAGACACCUUUCACUUGUCUGCCAUAGCCCAAGUCUUGAGUUAGAGUCUGGAGGGAGUAUGGAACUUCAGAACUCUCUCCCUCAUCUUGUGGAGUCUUUAUGAGGCUGCUGAUAAGGGUGAAAAGGAGAGAAGGCUUCUUACCUCCUAUGUGUGACCCAAACAAGGGUCUGAUAUACCCCAAGCAUGGCCAGUGCAAGAGACAGUGCAUGAAGUGAGCAGAGUAUUCAGAGAGACCCAAGGCACCCUGUCUGGGAGAUCCCUGGCCAGCCUUGGGAUAUGAGGGGAGAGGGCUGGUUUCCUUUCCCUUCUAGACUGGAAGGGCCCCCCACGGGGGAGCUGACUGUCCUGGUUUUUCUUCAUUCUGUAGGCCAUUUCAGCACUGUUCCUUCUCCUCAGUUGAGGGAGAGAUGAGGGAAGACAGCAAUGCCCUGGGCUAGUCAGUACUCUUUGGGUUUGGAGCUAAGUUGUUGCUUAAUUUUAGGCUUCCAAACAAGAAGUAUCUUGUCACUCUCCCAGGUGCCUGUUGGACUUCCCUGACAAAGAUCUAACUCUGCUCCUUGCUCUUCCUACUUGCACAGAGCCCUAGAUCAGCUCUGAUAGGGCAUAGGAGGGUCAGGCUUUUGCUGGUGUGACUUCCUCCCAGUCCUGGCCACAUACAUAUGAUGCAAUAAGACUCAAUUGUGGAAAAUUUACUCCAAGUCCCCAGGCUUUCUUUCUGUCCCUGGCCUAGGCUCCCAAGGGAGAGGAAAUGUCACUGUCUUCCAGCAAACAUAUUGAAAAUACUUUUUGUCUCUUUUGCCCAAGGAGACAAGCAAAGUGUUUGGUGUCCUCCAGUUCCUUCCAAUGGGUUUGGUUUCAGUAGGACAUUAAAGCGAGUGUGACUGAUUAUUAUUCAGACCACACGGUUCACUGGGACUGCACGCCCACCACAGCUGCCCCUUAGGGAAGCCUCGAUGGGGGUGCGCAUGGGCUCAGAAUUUAGGCAACCUUUUUGUUACAGACUUCGGUGUUGUCAUGUCGCAGCUUAGUCCUUGAGCAUCCUGAGUUUAGAAGUUAGUCUUGUGCAUGCCUUAGGACUUGGGAUUUCUUUACAAAGCACAUAGGGGACACCAUUAGUGGGCUUCAACUAUCAGGGGAGAUUUUUAAGAGGGAGAAAAGUCUUGUCCCAGGUAGAAAGUUCCAUGAUGGAUCCCACGAAUUCUCCAUGCAUGACCGCAUGUGGGUCUUCACUGUACUUAGUGCCUGCUAGGGUUAGUGUAGCAAAACUGUUGUCAGGGGCUUGCCCAGGUUUGGAAACCAGUCAGAGGUGGUGUGUUGGAGAAGAGAAUGAUCUGUGUUUUAAACCGAAGUGACAAGAACCCAGAUUCAAUUCAGUAAGAAACCUCACAUUGAAAAGGGCAUCUGAAAGUGGAAAUGCCUGAGUGAGCAUUUCAUCUCCAAGACCCACUUUGGCUGGCCCCUUCCCAUGCCUUGCCGUGGGAAGGGACUGAGGUGAUGCCAAAGCCAUAUGGAUCCUUCGUCCACUGGGCAGCUCUAUGCUCAGUGCAGAGAAGUAGGGACAAUGGGCCCUGGACUGGCUCGUUGUCUCUGCUUGGGGAUCAAUAACUGUGUAGACUUUUAAGUGCAAUUGAUUCAAUAAUAGAUGAAGAUACUGUAGCUUCUUUUUGUUCUGCCGAACUCUUUUUAAAAACGCAAAAUUGUGCAGCAUUGGGGUGGGGGUGGGGGUGGGGGACACUAGUGGGCCAAUUAAUUCAUUCAGCUGUCACUUUGCAGUUUUACAUGCCUCUCUUAGAGGUUGGGGGAAGCCCCAGCAGCUCCGGGGGCUGAGCGGCUGCUGCACAAAGAAUCCAUUUUUAAAGAGAGCGUCGGCAUCCCGGCCUUGCAUCCAUAGCAUAGACCCUCACGCUACUGUAUUGCUCACUGCUCAGUGUUCUUGGUGACUGACUGUAUAAUACCCAUGGGAAAAGCCUUUUCACCAACCUGUGGUACUCUUCCAAUUUCCUGUCCUGCAUUGGGAUCAAAGACUAUGUGAUUACCUCAGCUCUGAAUAUGAAACUGUGAUUUUGAAAAUGUUCAUUUUUAAAUGUUCUGAAGCCCAAAUGGCAAAGCUGUGAUGAGGGGUGACCGCUUGGAGCUGGGCGGGCCAGAGGGCAAAGCUCUGCACCCCCGUACUGUUCACUCCCUUUCUCCUCAUGUUUGAGUCCAAAAGGGAGAAACAGUGUUGGUGAAAGGACUUUAAACUAUAACACGCGCCAUGUUAACAUAGUUGAAGAGUCUUAGCACAUCUGGCUAAACCGUAUAAACUCUUUGAGGACUAGCGCCUGUAAAUGGGGAUCUGCAGCUCAGGGCCUGUGCCAGGCCCAACUGGACCUGGUCUGGCCUCUGCUAGAUGAACUCUUAAUGAGGCUUCUAAAAGGCAGCCACCUCUUCUGGCUUGUGAUAGCGCUUCUCCCACAGUCUGCUCCCCUCCGGGGAAAGGCCCCUCAGCUACUGUACAGCCGGGGGAAGCUGCCAGUGGCCCCAAAAGAAGUGCCAUUACUCUGUGUCUUAUCUUUUUACUCUAGGGAAAAACCCGGGGGGGACAAGAAGUAAAUCCAUGCGUUUGGAGCUGUGGUUCCCGGAGUGUAGACACAGUCCUCAAAGGGUUUCCCUGCUUUUUGCUGACCUUGUUAGCAGCUUAGGUUUUGUAUCACCUGGAGUGAAUGGGAUUUAGAAUUCCUGAAGUUAUAGUUGGGUUGGUUUGGGGUGGGGGUGGGGUGGGGAUGCAAUCACCUUCUCAAGGGGCUUUUUGGAGUGCCCUGAGCCAGGAUCUGGGCUGCAGCUGUGAAGCCCCACAGGCAAGACCCUGACUGACCCCAGGGGAUGGCCAAGGAAAACUUCUCUCCAAAUUCUUUCGGGAUUUUGGAGAAUUUGCACAGUGGUAACCUCUGGGAUGCCCUUUGGGCUUCUAUAAUGGGCAAAGCUGUAACUAGGAUAGAAGCUUGUAAACUGUGAGUGUCCAGCUGCCUCGUGGGGUUAAUCGUUGAUAGAUUUAUAAAGAUGUGUCUGCCAACCUGGGUUGGAAACAUACUCUUCAUAAUUGUUCAAAAUUGUCAAAUGUGACCCUCGAGCUCAUGGACAAUGUGCCAAAAGCCACUUUUAUACUAGCUUUUGAUGCUUUAAUAUUUGCAACUUAAGUUAAAAAAUUUGUUUUACAAACACUACUGUAACUUCAGUGAGACUGAAUGGUGUGGUUGAAGCUUUCUGGCUUAUUAUUGUAUUUAUUACACUCAAUUCAGUGGGUCUAUAAAAUUAGCUUCCACUUAUUUUUAUAUUAUUUGACAUAUUUGUACCUGCGGUUUGUGUCUGUGACUUUUACAUUUGUAAUUCAGACUUGACACUAAGAACCAAUAAACUGU